GUUAUGUCGGCUGUCGAUAUUUCUCAUUUCGUAUUAAUAUUAGUUGUUUAUUGAUGUUUUUACUAGUUGUACUAUGUAAUGUGUAUUUAAUAAAAACAGUUGCGGAAUGUUUCGCCUGGUUUAAAUAAUACUGAUAUUUAGCAAAAGCCCAUGUCACUUGGAAUCAUAACCUAAGACCUAGGUCACUUUUAAUAACUUCUGAAUUAUAAUAAUAGCAUUAAAAUGUCUUUGGCGGCAAUGCAGCAGUUUGUUUCUCGUCUCAAAUCGAAAAAUGAACAAGUGCGUCUCAAGGCGGCAAAGGAUUUGUCUUUGUACGUUAAAAAUGAUUUACGAGAAGCUGCUCCAGAAGAGAUCAACAAUUUUUUGGAUAAAUUUAAUCAUUAUAUAUUUGAAAUGGUCUCAAGUAAUGAUGUUAAUGAGAAGAAAGGAGGCAUACUUGCAAUAGUUUGCUUAAUUGGAGUUGAUGUGGGUAACAUGACAACCAGAAUCAGUAGAUUCGCGAAUUAUUUAAGAAAUUUGCUUCCAUCACAUGAUGUUGGGGUCAUGGAAUUGGUUGCUAAAACAAUGGGCAGCCUCGCCAUGGUUUCGGGUUCUAAAGCAUCUGAAUACGUGGAAUUUGAAGUAAAAACGGCUUUGGAAUGGCUUAGUGGUGAUCGGAAUGAGUCAAAACGUCACGCAGCUGUCUUAGUUUUAAAAGAAUUGGCCAUUGCUUUGCCUACAUAUUUUUAUCAGCAGGUUUCACAGUUCUUUGAUUUGAUAUUUUGGGCCAUACAGGAUCCAAAACAAGCCAUUCGUGAGGCGGCCAUUGAAGCGCUAAGGGCUGCAUUAAUUGUUACUGCUCAAAGGGAAACAACUAAACACAACCAAAAGGGAGCCUCCUCAUGGUACAAACAAUGUUAUGAUAUGUCGGGGGAAUUUCUGACAGUUGACCGUGGUGAAAGGACCAAGGAUGAAAGAGUCCACGGCUCUCUUUUAAUUUUGAAUGAGUUGUUUCGUUGUGCUAAUGCUUCCUGGGAGAGGAAAUAUGUUACUUUACAAGAGAGCAUUGACCGAACUCCAUCGUCAGAUGACGUAGACCAUUUUAGUUUUAACAGACCCCCUUUCUUGUUUCCAAUUCAUGCCAAAAAAAAAGCCAAUAGUAUAAUUUUGUCCGCCCUUGCACCUGAAAAGCCCGUUAUUCUGGAAUCGUUCAUAUGUCAUCAACUUAUAGCGGAAAAAUAUGAGUACAUUUGUGUGGAUGUGUUCAAUCAAAGAUUUUCAAAAGUUAACUACAUCCAACACACUUUACUAACAAUUUUGCCUAGAUUGGCAGCAUUUAACAGGAAACCUUUUGUUACGAAUCAUUUGCCAAAUGCUAUGAACUAUUUAUUCAGCGUCUUGAAAGGUAGGGAAAGGGAGAAAAAUCUUGCGUUCAUCACAAUUGGCUUGUUGGCUCUCGCCAUUGAAGAAGAUAUUGAGCCAUAUGUGCAUAAAAUUAUGGAAACGAUUAGAGCUGCUCUGCCGAGAGGAGAGUCCAUCGGUAGACGAAGGCCACUUGUGGAUAGUUCAGUUUACAAAUGCGUGACCUUUCUCGCGUUAGCAUUAAAAAAGCACGACAGGAUGGACGUUCCAAAUAUUUUAGAACAAAUGCUCGCCACCGGUCUGAGUCAAUCUUUAACGAUUUGUCUUAGAGAAUUGGCCAAACGGGUACCGAGUCACAAGGAUAAAAUUAGUUUGGGGUUGCUAAAAAUGUUAUCGCACAUCCUGCUAAAUAAACCUCUGUUACAUCCGGGAAUGCCUAGCAAUCUCGCGCCUAAUAUUCCUGUCAGUUUUACUGGAGACACCACUGACACCCAACUGAUUGUUUUAGCCUUGCAUACAUUAGGCACUUUUGAUUUUGAAGGUCAGCGAUUGUUGCCCUUUGUGCAGAGAUGCGCGAAUCAUUUUUUGGUGCAUGACGUCACCGAAAUUAGGUUGGAAGCAGUUAAAACGACCAGUAGGUUGUUGAGGCAUGCCAUUAGAAGCACUGAUAAACAUCCAAGUCAAACAGUCACAAGGACGGUUGCUUCAGUUUUGCAAACAUUGUUAGGUGUCGGUUUAACGGAUAGUGAGGUCCAAGUGCGCUAUGGAGUGUUAACAUCUCUCGAUUCGACAUUUGACCGAUACCUGGCUCAACCGGAAUCCAUAGAAGCCCUUUUCAUUGCGCUUCAAGAUGAGGAGUUCAAAAUUCGAGAAGUUUCGAUGUUCACCAUCGGCAGAUUAAGUUCCAUGAAUCCAGCUUACAUAAUGCCAAGUCUAAGGAAAGUCUUAAUUCAACUCCUUACCGAGCUAGAACAUUCCGGCAUAGGUCGCAAUAAGGAACAGAGCGCCCUGCUGAUGGAUCAUCUGGUCGUUAGAGCCCCUCGUUUAAUACGACCUUACAUGGAACCAAUGUUACAGGUUUUAGUGCCGAAGUUAAAAGAGGCGGAACCAAACCCAGGUGUCUUGCUCUCUGUUCUUUAUACUAUCGGCGAUCUCGCAGAAGUGACUGGUGGCGAUUCAGAGCUUCAAGACUGGAUGCAGGAGUUAAUGGAAAUAUUAUUGGAAAUUCUUAGUGACGCUUCGGCACCUGAAAAAAGAUGUGCAGCUUUGGUAACUCUAGGACAGCUAGUGGGCGCUACCGGUCAUAUCGUGAGGCCCUAUAAUCAGUAUCCAAUACUUCUAGACAUCUUGAUGAACUUUUUAAAGACUGAGCAACAUCCUUAUAUUAGGCGCGAGACUAUAAGAGCUCUCGGUUUAUUAGGUGCACUGGACCCGUAUAAACAUAAAAUGCAUCGCGGAGAAAUCGAUUAUCAACCGGAGGCACCUGUGUUGAUACCGAUGCCUGACAAAAACGCCGUGGAAGAGGGGGAUUUGACUUCGAGCGAAAUGUUGGUUAAUAUGAGUUCGUCCAGCACGCUGGAGGAGUACUAUCUGGCCAUCGCCAUUGCAACUCUUCUGAAAAUAGUCAAGGAUCCCACUUUGUCCCAAUAUCACACCAUGGUGUUUCAGGCAGUCACUUUUACGUUUAAAAGUUUGGGUAUAAAGUGUGUUCCUUAUAUCGCACAGGUGUUCCCGAAUUUGUUGAUCGUAGUUCGUAUGACCGAAAACAAUUUCAGAGAGUUUCUCUUCCAACAAUUGGCGCAAUUGAUCAGCAUCGUCAAGCAACACGUUCGCAAUUAUUUAGACGAUAUUUGCGAUCUUAUUAAAGAGUUUUGGACUCCGAAUAGCGCGAUUCAAGGGACGAUCAUAUUGCUGCUGGAACACAUCGCCGUCGCGUUGGGGGCGGAAUUCAAGUUGUAUUUUCCGAGAAUUAUACCUCAAAUUUUGCGGGUGCUAAAUCAUGACACGUCCAAAGACAAGCAGCACACCAUCAAAUUGCUCCAGGCCAUUCAGGAGUUUGGCAACAAUUUGGAUGACUAUAUGCAUUUGAUUUUGCCUCCUAUAGUUAAGUUGUUUGAUGCGUCCGAUUGCCCCCUAGCUGUAUCGAAACAAGCCCUCGAAACUAUCGAUCAAUUAGCCUAUAUUAUCGACCUUUCCGAUUACGUUUCUCGCAUAAUUCAUCCCCUAGUUCGUACCAUGGAUAAAAAUGCAGAACUAAGAGAGAAAGCGAUGGACACUCUGUGUUCUCUGGUCUCCCAGCUUGGUAGAAAGUUUUGCUUGUUCGUUCCCAUGGUACAAAAGGUGGUUCAGAAGCACAAAAUACAAAAUAAGAGGUGGGAGCAUUUGGUGUCUUCAAUAGAGACCGAAACCACCAUGGCCGACGAACAUGACCUACCCAUGCCGAGGGGUAGAAAUAAGCAGAACAGGGGCGAGGUUGGAAUGUCUAGCGACUCCUCCACCAUGUUGCAAAGAUUGAAAACCGGCGAGAAAAAUCUGAGGCAAGCUUGGAUACCUACAAGAAGAGUAUCAAAGGACGAUUGGCUGGAAUGGCUGAGGCAUCUCAGUCUGGAACUGUUGAAGCAGUCACCUAUACCCGCUUUGAGAUCCUGCCUCCCUCUGGCACAGACUUAUUCCCAGUUGCCCAAAGAUCUUUUCAAUGCCGCGUUCGUCAGUUGUUGGACCGAGCUCAGUGAACCGAUGCAAAAAGAUUUGAUCGGGUGUUUGGAACAAGCAUUGACCGUUCCAGACGUGCCAGAAAUUACGCAGACCAUAUUGAAUUUGGCCGAAUUUAUGGAACAUUGCGACAAAGGUCCGCUACCACUGGACGGUCAUUUGCUAGGCGAACACGCCAUGCACUGCAGGGCUUAUGCUAAAGCUUUGCAUUAUAAAGAGGAGGAGUUUCUAAAAGGCGGAAAUAAGAAUAGUCAAGUCAUAGAGGCUUUGAUUUCCAUUAACAAUAAACUUCAACAGAAGGAAGCGGCCGAAGGACUGUUGCAGUAUGUUAUGAGGCAACAAGAUGUGCAGUUUCAGGUGCGAUGGUACGAAAAAUUGCAUAAUUGGGAUAAGGCGAUGGGAUUAUACACCGAGGAGCUUGAAAGUGAUCCGAACAAUCAAGAGGCGUGUUUAGGGCAAAUGAGGUGUUUGGAAGCUUUAGGGGAAUGGGCGAAUCUUCAUAAUGUCGUGGAACAUAAAUUCGAUUUAUUGACAGAAGAUCAUAAGCAGAAGGCGUGCCAUUUGGCAGCCGCAUCCGCGUUCGGGCUGCAUAAUUAUGAAUCGAUGGAAAGGUAUGUAAAUAUAAUUCCGCAAGAUUGUCAGGACGGCGCUUUUUACCGCGCCAUCUUAGCUAUACACAAAGAGCAGUAUAGGGUGGCGCAAGAUUUUAUAGACCUCACGCGAGACAUGAUCGACACAGAGCUGACGGCCAUGGCCGGUGAAAGUUACCAACGCGCUUACGGAGCGAUGGUCCAAGUACAAAUGUUAAGCGAACUCGAAGAAGUAAUGCAAUACAAGCUGGUACCCGAAAGGCGCGAAACCUUGAAACAGAUGUGGUGGGAAAGGCUCCAGUCUGGCCAAAGGCUUGUCGAGGAUUGGCAGAGGAUUAUUCAGGUGCAUUCGUUAGUACUCCAACCUCAUGAGGACGUGCAGACUUGGCUGAAGUAUGCCGCUUUGUGUAGGAAAAGCGGUUCAUUGAAAUUGUCCCACAAGACGUUGGUGAUGUUGCUGGGCUUCAAUCCGGAAGAGAAUCUCCAGAAGCCGCUACCGGCAUCGCAGCCGCACGUCACCUUCGCGUACUGCAAACACUUGUGGCAGAUUGACGAGAAACAGAGGGCGUACGAACACCUGCAGCGCUUUCUGGCGGAAUAUUCGCAACACGCGGCAAACGAGAGCGUGACCAAAGAGCAAAACAGGCUCCUGGCGAGGUGUUAUUUGAAGCUCGGCCAUUGGAAGGAGAACCUCGAGGGCGUGACCAUGUCGUCGAUACCUUCCGUAUUGAAUUGUUACGAGAAGGCAACCAAGUUCGACCAGAACUGGUAUAAAGCUUGGCACGCGUGGGCCUACAUUAACUUUGAAACUGUGUUGUUCUAUAAAAAUAAAGAGGAAAUGGAGUCGAGGUCGCAGGCGUCGAAGGCCGAGAGGAUCAAUCAAGAAAUCGAACGGGCCAUCGACAUCAACAAGCAUACCGUGGUGGCGGUUCAAGGGUUUUUCAGGUCAAUUUAUCUAUCAAAGGGUAGUUCUUUGCAAGAUACUCUCCGCCUUUUAACUUUGUGGUUCGAUUAUGGCCAGUCUACUCAAGUUUCUGAAGCCAUAGCGGACGGCAUACGACUUGUGGAAAAAAACACCUGGUUACAAGUGAUACCACAAUUAAUCGCCCGAAUAGAUACCAACAGAUUGCUAGUUUCGAAGCUGAUUCAUUGUUUGCUCGUCGACAUAGGAAAAACUCAUCCUCAGGCAUUGGUAUAUCCGUUGACUGUGGCUAGUAAAAGCAAUUCGCCUAUAAGGCGCAGUGCCGCCAAUAAAAUUCUUAAAAGUAUGAACGAGCAUUCACCGUCGCUCGUUAAGCAAGCGCUUAUGGCUUCGGAGGAACUUAUUAGGGUGGCCAUUUUGUGGCACGAAAUUUGGCACGAGGGGCUUGAGGAAGCCUCUAGGUUAUUCUUCGGCGAAAGGAACGUGGAAGGUAUGUUCCGCAUCCUGGAACCCUUGCACGCGAUGAUGCAGAGAGGGCCGCAGACUUUAAAAGAAACCAGCUUCAAUCAGGCUUAUGGCAGGGACCUUGCUGACGCUCACGAAUGGUGUCAGAGAUAUAAAAUAUCUAGCAACUUGCGGGACCUGAAUCAGGCGUGGGACUUGUAUUACCACGUGUUUAGAAGGAUCUCUAGGCAAUUGCCGCAGUUAACAUCGUUGGAUUUGCAAUACGUAUCGCCGAAUCUGUUGGGUUGUAGAGAUUUGGAGUUGGCCGUGCCGGGUAGUUAUGCACCCGGUCAGUCGCUCGUUAGGAUCGACCAUUUCCAUAGAUCCUUGGAGGUCAUAACUUCAAAACAGCGCCCGAGGAAACUCGUAAUACGCGGCAGUAACGGAAAGGACUACAUGUUCUUGUUAAAAGGUCACGAAGACCUUAGGCAAGACGAGCGGGUGAUGCAACUUUUCGGCUUGGUCAACACGCUGCUUUUAAAGGACCCAGAUACGUUUAGACGAAACCUAACCAUACAACGUUACGUGGUGAUCCCUCUAAGCACCAAGUCUGGUUUAAUAGGGUGGGUGCCCCAUUGCGACACGCUGCACACCUUGAUACGAGAUUACCGAGACAAAAAGAAGAUCCUGUUGAAUAUAGAACACAGAAUAAUGUUGCGGAUGGCUCCCGAUUACGACCACCUGACCGUGAUGCAAAAAGUGGAAGUGUUCGAGCACGCGCUCGAACAUACGCACGGAGAUGACUUGGCGAAGUUGUUGUGGCUCAAGAGUCCGUCGUCGGAAGUUUGGUUCGAUCGACGUACGAAUUACAUAAGGUCGUUGGCGGUCAUGUCGAUGGUAGGGUAUAUUUUGGGUUUGGGCGAUAGACAUCCGUCGAACCUGAUGCUCGACCGACUCAGCGGCAAAAUCCUUCACAUCGAUUUCGGCGAUUGUUUCGAAGUCGCCAUGACUAGGGACAAAUUCCCAGAGAAAAUCCCGUUCAGGCUAACCAGGAUGCUGAUAAACGCGAUGGAGGUCACCGGAAUAGAAGGCACUUAUCGGAGGACUUGCGAGUCGGUCAUGUCCGUCCUUCACAGGAACAAGGACAGCCUGAUGGCCGUAUUGGAAGCGUUCGUGUACGAUCCGUUGCUAAACUGGCGGCUCAUGGAUAUUAACUACAGGAAUAAGUCGAACACCGGGGAGAUCGGUUCGUUUUUGACCGGAACGUCGCAAGAAUACGAUCCGAUCGAAUCGUUGAGCAUGUUGACGUACAAAAGAUCGCUCUUUGCAGAAAUUCCGCAUGACAGUUCUCAGCCGGAAACGGUCAGCAAAAACGCGGUCCGUAUUAUCAAUCGCGUCAGGGACAAGCUGAUGGGUACGGAUUUUCACGGCGAGGAAACGUUGACCAUCCAAAAGCAAGUCGAUUUGCUAAUAAAGCAAGCCACGAGCAACGAGAAUUUGUGUCAGUGUUAUAUCGGGUGGUGUCCCUUCUGGUAGUCAUUUUCGACUGUUCUUUUAUGUAUAUAUUCUAUAGGGUUUCUAUUUUGUUACAAAGCCUCUCCCGUUUUAGUUUUAAUCCGUGACAGUUGAGUAUGUUAAUUGUAUUUUCACUUUUAGGGAUUUUAUUACAGGAUCGUGGAUAGAAGCAUCAUAUUGUAUGCGUUUUAUUUUAUUCUUUUGUCGUACGUGUCCUUCUUUUUCGGUCAACGCCUGCCCUCUUUGGAUGUUGGCAAUCACGUCGGUCCAUAUAAUCUUGUUGACAUCCACCCUGAAUAAGUGUAAGGAGAAGUCAAUGAUAAAGUCCAUUAUCUCAUUGGUUUUAAGAGUUAGGAGAAAAUGGUAAAUGCCAAAGUUGUGAAGAUUUUGACGAUGCAAAAUUUAAAAUGAUUUUCAAGUAUGUGGUUCAAAUGGUGGUUCAAAAGAACGUGACGAAUAAAACAUAUAUUUAUUUUUAAUAGAAUACCUUAUUUUAAAAUUUUGUUUUGAAUUAGUUUUAAAAUUCAUCAACUUUUAACAAUAAUAAUAUUUUAAUUUUUCUAAAAAAAGUUUCACACCAAAUUACAAUGGGGCCAGUCUUUUUAGAAGGUAGGAUUACUCAUAUUUGUUAUUAGCGUCAUUCGAAGAUGAAAAGAUAUGGGCGACGGGAUUUGAAUUAGAUGGUACAGGGUGUUCACAAUAAACGAAUAUAUUAAAAUAUUAAUUAUAAUAUAUAAUAAAUAUUAUUAAAAUAUUAAAUUUAAUUGUUAUAAAAAUAUGCCCUUUUCCUUGGAUAUCCAUAGAUAUGCGUCGCGAAUCCUAUUUUCCCUAUCUAUCUUGUAGGGGGAUUCACAUGAAUAUGAUCGUUAACAUAACUCCACAAAAAGAAAUUAGAGGCGUUAAGUCAUAUGAUCGAGGAGGCCAGCUAAUGAAUCCACCUUUACCGAUCCAUUCCUGUGAGUAAUGAUUAUUCCAAAACUCUCGAACUUCUCAAUAUUAACAACUUCUUGAAGACGUUGAGUUAAAUUUAGAAGUUCCAAAUGUGUUUUCUAGUGGUGUUAUUAGUGGUAGAUUAAGAUGCAUCACAUUGGCUAUCUACUUGACGGCUGCUCACCUGGAACUUGGAAGUAAAAUUUCAAUUUUUUU